AUGGCUGUAACGCAUUGGGUCCAUGGCGGCGUCGUGCCCCCUCCGUUGCCCAUGGCAAAACGUGUGUUGUGGCUCGUGCUGAUGAUGUCACUUUAUGUCGAUGCUGCGUCGGCCUCCGACACAUUGAAGGGUGUAGCACCAUUUCGCUGCAUGCGCCCAUUUGAGUCACUUCCGCGUUUCUCUCCGGCAAACAUGGACUCUGGAGAGAACUGUAGGUUGGGCCCGUUUCGCGUCAUUAAUGCGAAGGCCAUGACGCAGUGUGUUCGCGACGACGACGACACGACUCGAGCAGCGUCUCCCACGUGUAGUGUCACUUUACGCGUGUCGUUCCAAACGGAAGGGGAUAAAAGGCGUCACCGUGUAGGAGGAGCAGCUUUAGCUGGGAGUGAUGAGGCAUUUGGAAGUGGGGCGUACCGUUUUUCCCUGCGUCUUCGCGCCUUCAAUGACAGCAUAGUGGAGUAUAAAGGGUUUGAUCAAAACGGCUACAGUAUGUGCUGUCAUUUCAUUGAGGGGUCAGAGUGCUCGUGGGACGUGAAGGAGGAGGAGGGGAACAGUACCCAGCAGGAGGCUGCAACACCUCAGAAAGACGAUGACGGCAGAGCGUCCCAUGCACCUCGGCGACGGGAGGCGAUGGUGGUCUCGUGCCCGAUCCGCAACCCCGUGGUAGCUGGAAUUGUUUUUCAUGGUGCUAUCACAAAGCCACUUCACCGUCUUGUUAUUACGGAGUGGGAGGCCCGACUAGAGCUGUGGCGCGGUCGGCCGCAUGAAAAGGUUUUUCUGGGUCGUGUGCUUGUGCCCUUUCGACUGACCGAAGACGACAUUGCAUCCGCCCAGUCCAAUGCCGCAGCGACAACAACAACAACGGCUAUGACAGCCACAGACAGUUCGGCGUCAGGCAAAAUGGCAGGUGGUGUGCUCUUGGUCACGGAAGAUGUUGUUAAGGAGAGGAACGGAUAUGAAGACUUGUAG